CGUAAACCUGGCAAACAUGGCGACGCUCCGAAGAGAGUACGGAGAUUGGAAAUACGACCGUUUUUAACCGAGAAAAUAACCUCCUCUUCGCAUGUUACAAUGUGGUGGGGUUAGCCGGAGCCACCACGCGCACAGCCUUUUAGACGAUGUUUGCAGAGGCCAGUCUGUCCAUCUGGGGAUGGGGGGGUCUUGGAGUCGUGCUGUUCCUCGUCACCUUUGGACCCUUUGCCAUAUUCUACCUGGCCUUUUAUAUCUUCUGCUUCAUUGGAGGGGGCUUUGCGGUCACUCUGCUCUACGGAAAGAUCAACUCCGAGAAACACCUGGAGAAAUGCGAGCAUUCAUACUUGCCACCCACACAGAUUGGUAUACUGAAGACAUUGGAUGAGAUGAAGCUGGAGAUGAAGCCUAUAAAGAUUGACAGGAGACUGACUGGCUCCAGUUUCAUAGAUGAACCACUACAACAGGUGAUCCAGUUUGCUCUGAGAGACUAUAUCCAGUACUGGUACUACACCCUGAGUGAGGAUGAGUCCUUCUUAUUGGAAAUCAGACAGACGCUGCAGAAUGCCCUUGUCCAGUUCUCCACACGGUCCAAAGAGGUGGACUGGCAGCCUUACUUCACCACUCGCCUGGUGGACGACUUUGCCACCCAUUUACGUGUCUUUAGAAAAGCCCAGGAUCGCCUCGCCGACCGAGAGGACAAGCAAAGAGACAUAACGGAGGAGCUGGUGGAAUCGUUCUUCGAGGCCGAGGUGGAGAUGGAGAGGAAGAUUUGUCGAGAUGUAGUGUGCACUUCACAUAAAGAUGAAGAAGGUUUCCUUCGGGACUUGUGUGAGUUGCUUCUGUACCUGUUACUACCUCCUGGAGAUUUCCACAACAAGAACAUGAGAUACUUCCUUAGGGAGGUGCUGGCGCGUGGUGUGCUGCUUCCUCUGAUUAACCAGCUGAGUGACCCAGACUACAUCAACCAGUUUGUCAUCUGGAUGAUACGGGACUCCAGCUGUAACUAUGAAGCCUUCAUGAAUAUCCUGAAGUUGACAGACAAGCCUGCUGAGCUCGAGGCUGUGAAGGACAAGGUGCUGGAGGAGCUGCAGUACCUCCGUUCCCUGGACACUGCUGGCGAUGACAUCAAUGUGAUCAAGAACCAGAUUAACAGUCUCCUGUUUGUGAAGAAGGUGUGUGAGACCAGGAUCCAGAGGCUGCAGUCUGGCAAGGAGGUGGAUGCCUUGAAGCUGGCAGCCAACUUUGGCAAGCUGUGUGUUAUCCCACUGGAUCACAUCCUCGUCCACAACAUAGCCCUGCAGUUCUUCAUGGACUUCAUGCAGGCAGCGGGGGCCCAGGCCGAGCUGUUUUUCUGGCUCACCGUGGAGGGCUACAGGGUGACGGCACAGCAGCAGCUGGAGGCCAUGCAGGGCUGGCAGAAGGAUGGCAAGAAGCAGCCCAGCGCCACCAAGGGACUGCUGAAGGCCGCUGCACUUGGCGUCUAUGAACAAUACCUCUCCGACAAGGCGUCCCCAAGGGUGCAAGUGGACGAGGCGUCAGUGACAAAACUGGGGGAGAAGCUGCAGAAAGAUGAUCCCACGCCAGAGAUAUUUGAUGAAAUCCAGAGAAAGGUGUAUGACAUGAUGCUACGUGAUGAGCGCUACUACCCCUCCUUCAAGCAGAGCCCUCUCUACGUCCGCAUGCUAGCAGAGCUGGACAUGUUGAAAGAGCCGAGCUACCGGGGAUCUGACGACGGCGAUGGAGAAUCUUUUAAUGGCUCUCCCACAGGAAGCAUAAACCUGUCUUUGGACGACUUGUCCAACUCCUGCCAUGAUGAAUCUAUGCACCUACAGGCCUUCAUCUCCGACACAGCUGACACUUGUCUCCCCGGCUUCUGGGGUGCUGCAGGGGUUUGCAACGACCACGGUAAGACCUAUGCGCUGUACGCCAUCACUGUGCUCAGACGCAACCAGGACGGCAGCGAGGACUGCUGGAAGACCUACCGCCGCUACUCGGACUUCCACGACUUCCACAUGAGAAUCACUGAACAGUUUGAAAACCUGGCAUCGAUCCUCAAACUACCUGGGAAAAAAACGUUCAACAACAUGGACAGAGACUUCUUGGAGAAGAGAAAAAAAGACCUCAAUGCUUACCUACAGUUGCUGCUGAACCCAGAGAUGGUGAAGGCCUGCCCAACUCUGAUUCCUUAUGUCUAUGACUUCCUAGAAAACAAGGCCUACAGCAAGGGCAAAGGAGAGUUUGCACGAAAGAUAGACACAUUUGUAAAUCCUUUGAGGAGCUCCAUGAGGAAUGUGUCCAAUGCAGUGAAAGCCCUGCCAGACAGUCUGGCUGAAGGGAUGACCAAAGUGUCUGACAACAUGGGUCGCAUGUCAGAAAGACUGGGCCAGGACAUCAAACAGUCCAUACUGAAGGUGCCUCCACUCCUCCCCAAGUCUGAAAUCGACCCUGAACACUGUCGAGUCUCCGCCCAGCUUGAUGACAAUGUGGACGAUAACAUCCCACUGAGGGUGAUGCUGCUGCUGAUGGAUGAAGUGUUUGACCUUAAGGAGAAAAACCAGUGGCUGCGCAGGAACAUUAAGAACCUGCUGCAGCAGCUCAUCAGAGCCACGUAUGGAGACACCAUCAACAGGAAAAUUGUGGAUCAUGUGGACUACUUGACCUCACCAGAGCAGGUGGCAGACUACGUCAAGAAGUUCAGGGAUUCCUACUGGCCCAACGGUAUACUGGCUGAGACACCGCCCCGUCGGGACAAGAGCAUCCGCAUGAGGACACGAGUAGCUGCCAAGACCAGCCUGCUGGGUAUCAUGCCAGAUGAGCUGAAGCACAUCAUCGGAGCAGACACCACGAGAAAGGGCAUCCUGCGCGUCUUUGACAUGUUUCAGUACCAACCCAUGAACCGCCGGCUAGUCUACGUUUUCCUGGAGGGCUUCCUGGAGACAAUGUUCCCCCAGUACAAAUUCCCCGAGCUCUUUGUCAAGCUGCACUCCCGCUCGCCUCGCAUCCACAGAUACAGCCAGAAACUCAAAUCCUCCUCCCUAAAGAGGUGACAGGAAACGACGGAGGCUACAGGACCGACUAGUCACACACAGACUUGAGAGCUGAGUGAGAGCAGGGGUGGUUUGAUGUGAACGUUGAGGUAUGUGUGCGCGUGAUUUCUGCCCUUCCACUCCCCCCCCCCACACACACACACUUUUGUGACGAAAACAGUUCCAAUUACCCAGCUAAUUUUUUUUCUGUCAAAACAGACUGAAGGAUGAACAACACACACUCUGCCCUGCUCUCGCUCUGUGACACACACAUGCGCAAACACAAGUUCUGUAAUUUGCACCAAGACUGAACAUGGCAGUCUUGUUUUAGUAACUGUACCCCACCCCCACCCCCCUUUUUGGACUUUUUAGUUGUGUUUAGCUUUAUCCUGGGCCAGUCAAUGCUGCUUUCAUGUGGUCCAGACAGCAGACCACAGAUACUGUAUUGUUUUUAAACUGCAGGAGUAGAUAGCAUAGACCCACACCUUGCCUUACCUUCCCGCUUCUGUCCUUCGGCCAGCUCAGUCCGCCGUCUCUGAACUGGCCCCUCAGCUGUAGUCAAAAUUACACUCGUGCUGUAGACAUUUGAUCUGCAAAAGCUGCACACUUUCAAACAUGCAUUAUUUUGUUUUCAUAGCAACCAAAUAUGUCAAUAGCACUGGGUGGCGCUGUUUUUAAAAUGUGACUGAACAGAUAUGGGUCGAAAGGAUUUUUAUUUUUAUUCUCAGAAUUUUUUGCAGCCUCAACGCUUCUCUUGAAACAUAACAAUGCUUUUUCUUUUUUUUUUUGCUUUCCAAAGUGUGACACAUCAGUGCCGCCCAUGAUCCUCAAAGAAUAGGCCACAUCCCCUUUAAUGCUACUGCUACAACCUGUGACGACCAAAGCUCAUGCUGUUCAUACGUGUGUGUGUGUGUGUGUGUGUGUGUGUGUGUAUGUGUAUGUGUGUGUGUAUUGAUUUAAUGUUGGGAUACUUACUUACUUACUGUGCUUCAUAUCGAUAAUCAUGUGAAGAAAGAGAACACAGCAUUGACCUUUACUGACCUAAAAAGGUGAGGCUGAGAAGACACACACACCGAAGUGUGUUACAGUUGAGGGAAGCUCAGCUCUGGCUGUCCAAGCAAACUAUCAAAGAAUGUACUCUCUGGUCUACUCUUUAUUUGGCUGACUUCGCGUGAAUGGGGUGUGUGGAUGUGUGUGUUUAGCACGAAGAUGCAGCCCUCUUCAGUCAGAAACUGUGCCAGUGUGAGUUUGUGAACCAGCCUUAAAACUACAUACAGUAUAUACUGACCGAGAGACGCACGCUAGAGGUAGCUCUCCUUCACACGACUGAACGCUACAAGGAAAUCAAGAUAGAGAUAUGGAGAUAUAUCCCUAAUCACUUUUAUUCAGAGGAAAUGUCUUUUAAUUUUGUGCAAUAUCUUUUGUUUCUUUAAUGCAUGUGCAUUUUGAAUCAUUGUAUACUGAAAAAGUAAUUCAUAUUGUUUUAAUAGUAGAGAACAUGAAAGGAGUUUCCCCAGAAAUGUCUUCUUAUCCCAACAACUUAACAUUCCGUUGUUGUAAAAGUACAAUGUUUAUUUUACAGACUUGUUUUAUAAGUCUGAGGGUUUUGGGGUUUUUUUGUUGUUGUUUUUUUGGGGUGUGUGUGGGGGUAUUUUCCGUUUAUCCUUCGCCCAAUCGUGUGGAAUCUGUGUUUUGGGCGAUUGGGUGGUGUUGGGGAAGGGGGAUUAUUGUGUCACAGCCCGAUUAUUAGCUCAUUGGGCUGUAGCUAGCUCAGAGGCGGCCUCAAACAGCUGCUUCUUUUUAACUGAUAAGUGGCGUUUUAUGCAUUCAAGCCUGUUCUUUUGAGUGUGAACAGAUCUUUGUUGUUAUGAACUGACAGUUGGAGGGACCGCCCCCCUCAUCUUCCUCCUGUCCAAUAGACUCACAGGAGAGCCACAUCCUGUGACCAGUGGAAUCACUGCUAAUGAGCACUUACCGUAGCAACUGUGGGAGGGCCUCUCCCAUUGGCUGGACAGAGCCCCAUUCUGCUGAAGUCAUUGGAUGGAAUUCCCUCGUCUGCUGUGAUUUGCUUACACCAAGCAGCCAUGGUGGACUCUGAUUGGCUUGAGUAGGAGGACAUGACUUGAGCCUCUUUCACUGGGAGGUGACUAUUUUGUCCCCGUGAUGGAGAUGUCACCUUUAACUUUCUGCACACCUCUCCAUACAGGAAGGCUUGUCAUUUUUUUUAACCCCAGUAUAUAUGAAUCUAUGAUAAUGAAAAUUGUGCAUAUCUGUGUACAGUAUGUGUUAAUAGUGUGCCUAAAUGUACUGUCAACUCUAUUUUCAUAUUUUUCUUUAACCAAAAAAGCAAAAAUACAAACAAACAAAAAAAAAACACAUCAAUCAGAAUGUCAUAAUUUUACGCGACUGAAAAUGACUUUAGGGUGUUUUUUUGCAUCAUGCUUAUCAAACUCUUCCUUGUGAGCAGUUGUGCUCAGAUCAGUAUAACACUAAUAAAAGGUAACUCAGACUAACUGA